UUGAAAUAAUUAAAUCUAAUAUUACUAUUGAUGAUUUAGAAAAAAUUAAUCAACUUAGUGAUAAAGAAUUUUUACAAAUUGGAACUCAUGCAGCAGAAAUAGCAAAAGAUGAUGGUGUUAGAGAAGCAAUUAAUAUUAAAAUCAAACGAUUAGUCGAUGGAAAAGGAUUUGUUGUAGUUGGAUGUGAUGUGACAACCAAGAUUCUUCCUGAUGCAGAAAUAAAAAUUGUACUUGAUGCUGAUAUUGAAACUCGAGUAUUUCGUAGAAUAAAUCAGUUAGGAUAUGAAAAUGAUUUUGCAUUGAUUUUUGAUGAUUUAAUGCAACGUGAUUUUAAGUCAUAUGAUUUGAUUCAACAAGCAAAACAAAUUUCUACGAUUAUUGAUACGAAAAAUUUAUCACUCGAUCAAGCUAUUCAGAAAAUUCUUAAACUAGUUAUUUAUCAUUCUUUACAACAUAAAAUUUGGAAUCUUAUUAAAAAAAAUAAGGAAGGAUGUAAGAAAAAAACUAAGCAACUUACUUUUCAUCAAGAAGUUUUAUCUCCUAUUGAAGCAACUUAUGAUAUUCAAUCAGUUAAUACUUUUAGUAUUAUUAAUAAUAUUAAAAGUAUUGAAGUUGAUAAUAGUAAAAAAAUUGAAAUUAAAUUUGAAUAUAAUAAAAUUUUAGUUGCUAGAAAAUAUAGUGAAGAAGAAGUUGUUGAAAAAACUUCUCCUUAUGAACAUUUAGAAUUUAUGAAAAAUUUAUUUCAUUAUUAUGAAGUAAUUGAAAAAGAAUAUGAUGAUAUUGAUAAAAUUAUUCCUCUUGAUCGAAAUUAUGAAUUUUAUUUUAAAAUAUAA